ACAGAGCUCCGCUCCCCGAUUGGCUCAUCACGAGUGUGGGGCGUUUCACUGGGACUGCCCGGUUGUGUCCGGGUAAGAUGGCGUUGGAAGAGCAGUGCUCGGCGCCACCUCAAUGGCGGUCUAUAUCUUUGACACACGUAGAGUUCCCGGAGGGUGAUCUGACGGGACGAGUGCUGGCCUACAUCAGCCUCCUGCCCAUAGCAAUCCUUGUGGGUUUUGUUACACUCAUAAUGUUUAAACGGGAGCUGCACACGAUUUCUUUCUUCGGUGGGCUCAUCCUGAAUGAAGGUGUGAACUGGGUGCUGAAGCACAUUUUCAGAGAGCCGCGCCCGUGUGCAGGAUCUCACACAACCCUGCAGACGGAGUACGGGAUGCCCUCCAGUCAUUCCCAGUUUAUGUGGUUCUUUGUUGUUUACUUCUUUCUUUUCCUUUAUUUAAGAAUGCAUCAAACGAACAAUGCUCGAUGUGUGGACCUGCUGUGGAGACACAUACUGUCCAUCAUCCUGUUGGGCUUUGCCUUAUCAGUCUCGUACAGCAGGGUCUACCUGCUGUAUCACAGCUGGAGCCAGGUUUUCUACGGCGGAGUGGCCGGCAAUACGAUUGGCAUAAUCUGGUUCUUUAUCACACAAGAGGUGCUGACACCGUUAUUCCCCAAAAUAGCAGCCUGGCCGAUAUCAGAGUACUUCCUGGUGCGAGACACAAGCCUGAUCCCCAACAUCUUGUGGUUUGAGUACACAGUGACCAGAUCAGAGGCGAGGAACAGACAACGAAAGCUUGGAACAAAACUUCAGUGAUCGACACGCUUCUUCUGUGACACUGAGUUUAGAACCACACACACACACACACACACACACACACACACACACACACACUCACUCAUGUACACACACACACAAACAGAAUGCUCACUCGACAAACACACUGGAGAACCAUCUUUUGGACUGACGUGGUUGCAAGGAGAAAAGGGCAAAAAACCGUUUACAGGUGGCGACAGAGUGCCUGGACCCCGGAGCCUCGGGCCUGAGCACGUCCGUCCACACGCCUCCUUCUUGUACAGCUUGCCCCAAACAUGCUCUUCAAUGCAUGCAAGACUGUGCAAGAGGCAUACUAUUUAAUGAUAGAUUAAUAUAUAUAUUUUAACUAUAAACGCACGCUGACAGUAACAGUGUACUGUAAGAGAUUCAAAGAAAAAAAAAAAGGAGGCAUAGUUUCAAACCAAUUGGUCGCGUCAUUGCAGCAUGUAUUUAGUGAUUCCUUUUUAAUAUUCCAAUGGAUAGCUGGUGGGGUACAGCGGGGGGGGGGGGGGGGUUAUGUGGAAUUAACCAUUUUUCAUUGUUAUAUAAUAGAAAAUGAACAAUUUGGUUAUGAUGUAACAUAAAUGAAAAUUUGCACUUUGUGAAAUUUACAAGUUAAAGAAACCCGACUAACACUUGUUAAAUGUUAAGGCCCCCCCCCCCCCCCCCCCCCUCUUUGCUUUGUGUCUGAUAUUAGACUCCAGAGCUGAUCUGCAAGCAGUGUCGAUUUAAUUUGUACUAUUGAGCAUCGACGUUUGUGCUUUCUAUUCAUGUCCACGCUGGAGGAUUACGAGACUCACAGGUUUCACUUGUUUUGGUCGUGGAACACUUUGGACUGAGGUGGUGUUUUUCUAAAUGCCUCACACACAGUAGCAGCCUGGGAACAGGAUUCUGGUCAUCAGUGUUUCUUUUAUUCACUUUCUUAUCUUGUUUUCUGCUUCAGCAGAGAACCGUUUCCUAUUUACCUGCAUUUCCAAGAUUACAUUCCAUAUCAUCUAGUGAGAAAACAAACAGACGGCGGAGGGGUGCGUUUUCUUUUUGUAUUCAUUUUGAAGCCUGAGGUCGGUCGUAGCAUGUGAUUCUGCUGACGUGUGGAUCUGAAGCUGAUUUAAACUCAUCAUUAGCUCCACAGAGGGAAGAAGUUCUCUUUAGAAUUCAAUUUCUUUUUUUUCCAUGUGUAACCUAUAUCGAGCUGAAUAAAAAUGUGUUUAUGUACAA